UAGAGACGAUACUGACUUUGCUUCGUUUCGCGUAUAACAAACCCCGCGUGGUGGACAGUCGCACGAAAAACAUACCCUUAGAUAGUUUAUCAUCGUAUGACACUUAUCUGUUUUUAUCAAAUUUAUUAUCUCAUCACUUCGUAUUGUUUUUUUUUUGCCAAAAAGGAUUUUUGUGAAAACGCAUUUUUUUUUUUUUUUGACGUGAAUUUGUGUGUUUAUAAUAUUGUUUGUUUAUCAAGAAGAUAUUAUUUAUCGUUCCACGGAAGUGACUUCUUUAUCCGCAAGAUGGAAGGACAAACUGUUUUAUCUCUUCCAUUGGCAAAUCAAAAAUCAUCUCCACCACCCCAAGCGCAAACAAAUUCAAAACCAAAUCAGGAUUUACAGGUGGGUACAGUGUCAUUAUAUGGAAUUCAUAUUGUUUCACUGGUGAUUGAGGGUCAGGAGAGAUUGUGUUUGGCACAAAUCAGCAAUACAUUAUUGAAACAAUUUAGUUACAAUGAAAUACACAAUCGACGUGUUGCCUUGGGUAUUACUUGUGUUCAAUGUACACCAGUACAAUUGGAAAUUCUUCGUCGUGCCGGUGCAAUGCCAGUUUCAUCACGAAGAUGUGGAAUGAUAACACGUCGUGAAGCUGAAAGACUUUGCAAAUCAUUUUUAGGCGACAAUGCACCACCAAGACUACCGGAAGAUUUUGCAUUUUCCGUUCAUCAUGAAUGCGCAUGGGGUUGUCGUGGUGCAUUUUUACCAGCUCGUUACAAUAGUUCACGUGCAAAAUGCAUUAAAUGCGCCUAUUGUGGCCUCUUUUUUUCACCAAAUAAAUUCAUAUUUCAUUCACAUCGAAUAAGUCCAGCCGAUAAAUAUGUUCAACCAGAUGCGGCAAAUUUUAAUUCAUGGAGAAGACACAUGAAAUUAUCGGGUAAUCCACCUGAUGAAGUUGUCCACGCAUGGGAGGAUGUUAAGGCAAUGUUCAAUGGUGGUACAAGAAAACGAUUACUCUCAAAUCCAAGUAGUCGUAUUUCACCAAGUCCAACAAAACGUUCAAGACACUCGCCAACAAUAACAACAACAACAACAACAGCAGCAACAACGGAUAUUUCAAAUAAUUGUGCUCCAAUUUCACCGGCUUCAGCACAUCCACGAGUUCCGCCAUUUCCUGAACUUCCACUACCAUUGUCGAGGAGUUUUAUUAUGGAUUGCGUUUGGCAUCAACAUCAACAGGCUGCCGCUGUUGCCGCUGCUAAAACACCUGGUUUUGCAUUUCCACCUUAUGCACUGCCUUGGCUGACGAAGAGAUGUUUAUUUCCUGGACCUUUGCCUCCACCAAUUGGUACAACACCAUCGGAACCACUUUUAACGUCAGUCAAUGGCUCUAUUCAUCAAUCAGCAUUUCGACCUGUAAUUCGUGUACCGCCAAUUGUUGAGAAUUCAAUUCAUGAUUCUGUCACAAAAAUUCCAUCCAAUAAAGAUGAAAGUUCCGAUGAUGAAGUUGAUAUUGAAACCACUGAAGACGAUGUCUCAGCACCAUUGAGUGUGAAUUUUUCUAAUAUUAAUUCAUCAUCCAAUUCUGUCAUUAGCAAUCACAAUGGAAAUAGUACGUCUGCAUCACCACAAUGUUGGAGCCCCCCACGAGAUACGGAACGUGAAGCAGAGAAAGUAUCAGAGGAUGUGACAACACUUCGUGAUAUUAAACCCGAAAUGUCACCAGCCAGAUGUGUGGAAAGUUGGCAUAGCAAUAAUAGUUCUUGUUACCGACGUUUAAAUCUAUUAAGCAAAGAAAGAGAAAUGUCAGAUAGGAGCACUCCAGAAUGUUCAGCUUGUCGACCACGUGGGGUUUUUUAUGGUCAAGUCUAUAGUCCAUCCACUCCAACAAAUUAAUAAUAUUAUUUAUUUAAAACAUGUUGUAAAUUUAUUAAAGAAGAAAAAAUUGUUUAUACACAUAAAUGUAUUAGGAGGAAUCUAUAUAUGUCUUCUUGGGAAGAACAUUAAUAUAUAUGUAAAAUAUAAUUCCUUAAAAAGGCAAUAUUAAAAAAAAAAUGAUUUCAUACAAAAAAAUAUGUAUAAAUAUAUAUGAAAGGAAAAAUACCAAAGAUACGAAACUUAUUUAAAGUAACACUGUAACGAUAUUAUAUAUGGGCAAAUCCACAGAACCGGCCGAUUUCAUGUUACUCACAUAUUUUUCUAUUUUAGAAGUAUUAUAUUAAUUAUUUUCAUACUUCAACCAUUUUGUAAUAUCUCUGAGAACCUAUUGAAAUAAGAAAAUUGAAUAAAUGUGAACCUUCUAGUCUUUUAUAAAAAAUAAAAUCGAAUUAAGUAACUUAAAAAAUGAAAUUUACGGUGUUACUCCAGGUAUAAAUUUUAAUUCUUAUAGGUAUAACUUGUUCGGCAUAGAUCCGAACAAUUCCAAACUGUGGUGAAUUAUAGUUUACUUAUUGAAGAAUGUUUUGAAAGUAAUAAAAAAUAUGUGCUUUUAAAUAAAAAGAAAUGAUAGUCGUUGAAAGUAGCGUUACUCAUUAUUUUAUAAUAAUGAAAUGUCUAUACAUUUUUGUAAAUAUAUUUUGCGGCGAUUAUUCGAUUUGAAUUUUUCAAAUUGGAGCUUAUUGCUUGUGAACAGACGAACAAAUGUAUGUAUCAUAGAAUAGAGUGCAAUCAGAAUUAAAGAAAAUAUUCCAAUAAUUAUCACUCUAUGUUUAAGCGUGAACCAUUUUCAACAUAGCCUUUUUUCAGUAGCACAACUACAGAAUAAAAUAUGAUGAGUUGAAAACAUGUGUGAUUAUAUAAAGACAUUAUUAUAAUUCUUGUAUGCAAACGCCAAAUUAUAUUUUCAAUUUAUAACGUCUAAAAAUUAAAAAUAAAAAAAAAUUUAUCGAAAUUUAACUAGUUAAUCGUGAAAAAUGAAUUAUCCUUUCAUUUGUUUUAUUUUCAAAGUUAUAUCAAAAUCGAUGUCAAUAAUGUCAGUUUGUUGGUUAAAAUAGUUAAUAUCAAAAUUAGUAAGUAAACAAUUUAAUUUACAGAAAUAAAAAAUUAAAUGCUAAUAAAUAAAAUAUAUAAUAAAAUAUGAUAAAAUAUAAAUAAUUUAUUUUUGAUAAUUAAAAAAUUAAUUAUUUGUAUUUUAUCAUAUUUUAUUAUUCAAAAUGUUUUGCACAUAUUUCAAAUAAUAUAUAAAAAAAACAAAGAAAUGCCAUUUUUAAUUAUAAUUUCCAGAAGAAAAAUAAUAUUUUCGUUUUUGGCUUUUAACUCAAACGGCAUUAAAAUAAAAUGAAUCACGCAAGAAGAUAAUUAUUCUUGAAUAUAUUUUAAAGAAAGUAAACCAUAAAUAAAAGGUGUGCUUGCUAUUUGGAAAAUUUUCAUCUUGAUAAGUAAAAAUCGGCCGGUUCUGUGGAUUUGCCCAUAUACAUAAUUAAUAUAAAAUAAUAAUAAUAAUAAUAAUCUAGUCACAGACACUUUUCAUAUAGAUUCUAAACGCAUUGCACACAUAUUGUUAUUUAGAAUAUAUACUGCCGAGUAUAAAAAAUAAUAAUUUAUUAUUAUUAUGAUGCAAUUAUUGUGAUUAGCUGAAUAUUUAUUGUACACACAGAGUUGUAAUUACAACAACGUAGAGAGUGAUAUUAAUUUUAAA